GCUUGGGCUUGCGGGUGCGUGGAGGCGAGCUGCGGUGAUGAUGCGGCUGCUCGCAUCCAGUGCGUGUCGCAGAUGACGCGCAAUGGCCGCAGUGGUGCUUUUACUGGUGCUAGUGCUGGCGCGGUUGAAAGGCGGACGAUGCUGAGGGAGGGAAGGAAGAGGAGGAAGGACGCCUUUGUACUUUUGUCGGGUCUAUUUUAAGCAAGCGUGGCGUGGGGGUACAUUAGGUGGAUCGUCAAGGCCCACGGCGAGGAUCAGGAUAAGGAAGCACACCCUCGCCGGUGAAUAAGAGACCGAGGGGGGACCAACUGCUCAUCGAAUAAGGUUUCUACAGACACACUGGACAAAUGUGGAACACAUCUGAGUGAACUUCCUGUUAUCUCUCUUUGGAUAAAAUCUUCAGGGCAAUGCUUUUGUUUUUAGAGACGAUUUGAAAACGAUCUUUCUGAGGUGCAUCACUAUCUGUAUUGUGAUAACUGAAAAGAAGCACUCGCUCUCUAGAUGAGGCUCACGUGGAGUGCCAUGUUGCAGCACAACAACAAUAACAACUACCCGUGCCUGAAGGCGUCCCCCCACGAGGCACCCCUCAUGUCUGCUUCUCAGCCAAUCCCAAGCAGGCUGGAGCUAGGCCUGGGGGACCUGCCGCUCAUCAGGGGCCUGAGGGCCUGGGUGCUGUGCUCAAAGAACCGUCAGAAGGGUGGCGCCCCACCAGCUGGCAGGCGAGCACCGGUGACACCACCUGCCAGUCGGAGGACUUACUGCCCCAGACCAGCGGACGUGCACUUAAGUGGUACAUGGGGUUCGGGGUACGGCCUCCCCCAUGCUGGAGUGGGUGCCCUUGUGACGGUUGCCACACUAAAGACAUCGGAAGGCACUGGGAAGACACAGACUCAGUGUCUCUUUUUGCGGAACGACAAAGGAACUUGUUUGUACUCCACAUCUGGCGGGACAAGUGGGGCCGGCGCGUGGCUCAGAGGGAAAUCUGGUACUUCGCGGCGUGAUAUUUCCACUCUCCAAAUGCAAACUGCGGCAAGUCGAGUUCGUUUGCGCUCAGGCCGGAGGUGGAGGAAGUCCGGUCACCCAGUUGUCCGAGAGAAAAGACAAUCUGAUGAGGAUGUUGCCCAGGAACACGAAAAACAAGGCGCUAGUCACAAAGGGGAAACCUGUCAAAAACACAGAGGAUCACAGGAUACAUCCGGAGGCCUUCAGAAUCCAUCCGAUGUGGAAAGUCUGAGCAAUUCCAGCCAUGCAAACAAAACACUUCCUCAUGAAGAAGCUAUAGUGAAACUGGAGGAACCAGACAAAGUGUGUCUGGACUGCCUCAACAGAUCUGACGGAGAAUCCUGUCAGAAAAGCCCUGGAUUCAGUCAAAAUGCGUACAGGGAAAAUUGUCAGAAUAAGUCCAGUCAUACUGCCGGUCCAGUAACAAUUCUUCCUGAGAAAGACGUCACUGAGAACCAGUCCAAAAAAGUGGACCCACAACUCUUUGGCAGCCCUGACAAGGCAGUCUGUCAGAAAACCUGUGUACUGGUUCGGAAUCCUGGAUGUUUUCAGAAUGCUUUAAAUGAGGGAAGUCAGCAAGAGUCGAGUCAUGCGCUCGAUCAAGACAAAACACUUCCUGAUGAGAAAGCCACCGUGAAAGAGGAGGAAUCAGAUAAAGUGAGUCCGGAGUGUCUCGACAGUCCUGAAAGGGAAUCCUGUCCCAAAAGCCAAGAGUUCGGUCAGAAAAAAAAUCAGUAUAACAUAAGAAUUCCUGAGGAAGAAGUUACUGAGAAACAGCAAGAUCUGCAGAUAUUUAGUAGUCCUGACAUGGAACUCUGUAAGAAAACCCGUGGACUGGUUAGGAGUCUUCAAAAUGCUUCAAAUAAGGGAAGUCAAAGGAGGUCCAGUUAUGCACCCGGUCAAAACAAAAGACUUCCUUAUGAGGAAGGCACAGAGAAACAGGAAAAGCCAGGCAAAGUCAGUUCAGAGUGCCUUGCAUGUUCGGAAGAAAGAAUGUGUCAGCAAAGCCGAGGACUGCUGGGGAGUCCUGGAUGUCUUCAGAAUGUUUCCAAUGAGGCAAGUUCUAUUGGACAAAGCCCCUCGAGUGGGGAGAUGUCAGGAAUGAAAAGGGAGUGGGAAGAGAAUGCAUUCCACCGCAACACUUUAUCUAGCUCGGUGGGGCCAAGCCCGGACCUGGAAUCUUCACACUCUGCCUCAGAAUGUGAGGGCAGCAAAGAAUCCAAGAGCACAAAAAAGAGAAUGGGUGAGGACGAUGGCGUCAUCCAGACGCCUUUUGAUGACAUUACACUCACAACCGUAUGCACUAAAGCCUCUAGUCCUGCAAGGGGCAGCACUGGGCGAGCAGAAAGUAAGCUUUGCCAGGUUGAGAACAGAGAGGCGCACCCGGAGUUGGAGCAAAAUGCUUCAAACCCAACACUGGAUUCUUCUUUAUCUUCUUCAAAAGAAAGCUUCAAAAUCAACUUUAUGGAGGGAAAAGAAGCUGACUGGACGCCAAAAGAGUUUGCACGUGGAUGCAUGGUAACUCCUGGUGGUCCCCGCCUGCAAAUUCCCACCCCAUACUUGCCCCCGUUGGGCACCAUGGAGACCAGUCAGCAACACGCUGAGGUAGAAGAGGAAAAUAGAGGCCCAGACGAAAUAGCUUUGGAGAGUUGGGGCGAAAAACAGCAGGAAGAAGAUGAUUUUGGAGGGUUCAUGCAAGCAGGAGAAGGGUGCAGUCAGGGUGUUGCUGUUUAUGACCCAGCGGCUGAGCUCAUGCAACAACGCAGCAGACAGAACCAAAGAGCAUUGGGGAGCAGUGACAUCUCUGGGAAGUCGUGUGACUGGAAGCCCACCUGGACGGGAAGUCUGGACGCCUGGGCAACCUUUCCUCAGGACGUGUGGGACGAGGGUCGGGAUUCAGCAGGACAGUGGUGGCCAGAGGAGGAAACGAGCGAUGACAACACCGUCAAUCAUGAACUUGCAUGUCUGUUUGCUGUGGCCUUCCCCACACCGGCCACCUCGGCACCCCAGCACCCGGAUGACGUCAUUCCCACAUUAAUGCAGCUUCUACAGGAACGUGGACAGGAGCAACGACUGCUGGACGGCUUCCAGGACGUCAGCAAAAUGUCCAUCCCUAGAUACAAACAAGGAGGCGGCGUGUCCCGAGGUCUCUUGCUGACCUCAUUACACGUGGAGCGACCCAACACUGACAGCCAAUCCACCAAUUGCCGGAGUUAUUGUCGCCCCUUCCCUGGUCUGUACUCGCCCAAUCAGCGCGUUCCCAACACGGUGGUCAAGCGGCGGCUCUCUUGCGAUUACAAUAGGAGCGGCCCAGAGUGACAUUUUUUUAACCUGCCGAAAGCAAAGACUUCUGUGUUACUUUAUGUUAUUUCCUAUUUUAAUCAAGUCAACAAACCAAAACAGCAAACAAAAACAGAAAGUGUAUUUUUACGUAAGGAAGGCAAACCUUUAAUACUGGAAUACCUUUGGAAGUUACGCUGUUACAAUUGUAUGUGAAGAACAGAGGAGAUUGUUGCCACUUGAAAGAUCGGCCACCAGUUGCCAGAAAUUUUUUGCCGCUUCCAUGUUGCCAAAUUUUCUGCUCAGCUUUUUUUUUUUGUGUCUUCCAACACCAGGAAACAAUUAGUCGAUAAAAAACUUAAUGACAAAUUUAAUUGAACUUGUAAUUUCAUCAAUCAAUUAACUGCAUAAAUAUUUGAAUCAAUUAAUAGUUGUUAGUUGAAUUAAUUGAAAUAGUAAUUAAUUGAAUUAAAUUUUUAAAUGAUUUCAAAUUCAAUUAAUUUUAUAUUGUUCAUCCAAGAUAUAGAGGAUAGGGCACAUUGUUGUCUAAUGUCGAAAGAAAAAUUGCUGUUUUAUCUUUUCACCAAGUGUGUGUGUUUUUUUCGUGUGUUUUUUUUUUUUUUUUUUUUUUUUUUUGCACGGCCCUUUUGUAUUUUAAAAUGGUAAUGUACUGGUACAAGAAUUUUUUUUUUUUUUUUUUUGCACCACAACAACCAUUACAUUAAUUUGUUUGUUUUUUUAAUUACAAAAUUUGUCUAUUGCCAUUCAGUUUAAUAAAUCUGGUAGAUUGAUUUUUGUAGGGAAGCUACAAAUUUCUGCUCAUUCUUCAUGUUUUUACCUAAUAUGAUAUCUUGUUUAAAACAGUUUUUUUUUUUUAUCCCAUUUUCUUUCUAAAACAAAUUGUCAUACAGAAUAAAAAAAAACACCAGGAAUAUUUUCCACUAUUAAUAUGGAUGCCUGUGAUCAUGGCUUUUUAUUUAUUUUUAUUUUACCAUUGUUUUGUUGUUGUUGUUUUUUACAACCUUGUUUUACGAAACAGACACGUCACAUGUAGCAGAGUCAUGUGAAAAAAUUAUGACACCCCAUUAAAUAGUCAGUUCUUCAUUGAGAAAUGUUCACAUAUUAAUGUCUGAGCUUGUUUUUCUUUAUCUCUGGAAAAGAAAGUGAUUCCAUUGCAGGUAAACAACAAAAACUAGCAUUGUUUUACUCAAUAAACCAAAUAUAUCAACAUAAAUGCAUAUUCUAACUGAGGAAAAAGUUAGGACACCCUACGACCUAUUAGCUAGUGUUACCCCCUUUGACUGAAAUAACUUUAGUGAGACACUUUUUGUAGCCAUCUACCAGUUUUUGACAUCGGUCUGAAUAAAGUUUGCCCCUCUCCUCAACGCAGAAUACUUUCAGCUGUGAGAUGUUUGAGGGGUUUCUUGCACGUACAGCCCGUUUCAAGUCACCCCACAGCAUCUCAAUGGGAUUCAGAUCAGGGCUUUGGCCCGGCCAUUCCAGGACACCUCAUUUCUUCCUUUCCAGCCAUUAGAUUUACUGGUAGGUUUUGGGUCAUUGUCAUGUUGUUCAUUUCAGCUGUAAUUUUUCACAGAUGAUCUCACAUGUUCCUGAAGCACCCUCUGAUACACGAUAGAAUUCAUGGUGGAUUCUAUGAUGGUGAGCUGGCCAGGUCCUGCUGUAGCGAAGCAUCCCCAAACCAUGACACUUCCACCUCCAUGCUUCACGGUUGGUAUGAGGUUCUUUUUCUGGUAUGCUGUAUUGGGUUUAUGCCAAACAUGUCCUCUGUUCUGGUGUCCAAAUAAUUCCAUUUUAGAUUCAUUUGUCCAAAGAACAUUAUUCCAGAUGUCCUGGUCUUUGUCCACAUUUCCUCUGGCAAACUUCAGUCUGGCUUUCAUCUUCUUCUUGGAGAGCAAAGGUUUCCUCCUUGCACAACUUAAACUUCUGAAGUAUUUUUCUGAAUGCAGAGGCAUGCUCUUACACAUCAACAGUAGCAAAAACCUGCUGUAGGCCCGUGAUGGCAUUUUAGGGUUUUUGGAGACCUCUUUUAGCAUCUUGCGGUCUGCUCUCGGGUCGAACUUGCUUGGACAGCCAGACCUGGGCAUGUUGGCAGUUGUUUAGAAUGUUCUCCACUUAUAGACUAUUUUCCAGACACUGGAAUGGCUGAUUUUAUAUUCUUUUAAAAUCCAUUGCCAGACUCAUAAGCGUCUACAGUCUUCUUCCUGAAGGCCUCAGACAGCUCCUUUGAUCCCUGCUGUUUUCUCUCAUUUCAUCAGUCAGUCACUGUUGAGAGUAUUCUGCGUUGAGGAGUGGGGCAAAUUUGCUUCAGACCGACGUCAAAGACUGGUAAAUGGCUACAAAAAGCGUCUCACUGAAGUUAUUUCAGCCAAAGGGGUAACACUAUCUACGAGGUUGUAGGGUGUCUUAACUUUUUCCUCAGUUAGAAUAUGCAUUUUUGUUGAUAUAUUUGGCUUGAUGAGUAAAGCAAACCAUGUUAAUUUUUGUUGUUUACCUGUAAUUAAAUCACUUUCUUUUCCAGAGGUAAAGAAAAGAUCAGACAUUGAUAUGUGAACAUUUCUUAAUAAAGACCAGAAUAUUAAAUGGGGUGUCUUAAUUUUUUCACAUGACUGUAUUUAAACGGAUGUUCCGUCAGUUCACUUCACUGCUGUUUGUAAUGUUUUUACACACCGGAAUAAGUUUUACUGUACGUAGGUCUUAAUCAAAAUCUAUGAAGAAUAUAUCAUUCUCACUUUGAAAAAUGGGAGAUUGUUUUCACAUGUCAGACUUAAGUAGCACUUUUCCAUAACUUUCUUCUUGUAUUUCUAACUUUUCCGUUGUCUUAUCUCACACUACUUUGCUUUCCCACAACCCAGGUACACAAAGAAUAUAGUUAUCACAUGUAGGACACGGCCACAAAUCUCUGCAGCUCCUUUUUUCAGUGGAUUUUUUUUAAAUAGAGACUGCUACUAUACCAUUUUAUCUUUUAAAACUUUUCAUGCUGUCAAUCAAUAUGUGUUGCUAUGGAAAUACGAUGUGCACUUGGAUGACUCUCACUGGUUUGUUUGUGUUGUCCUGCUAUGUUUGUACUGUCACAAUUUUCAUUUCAAUGAACAAGGACUUUGACCAGAUAAUUAAUAAAAUGGUCUUCCUGAUUAGACGGCAUUCAAAAUGUAAGCUCUUAUUUCAAGUGAGAUCUGUGUAACAUUCCUGAGAUUUUUUUCUCCUGUCACACAUGGACACUAAGGCUACUGUGCGUUUUUCUCUUCUCUUUGCUAAUCACUUCGAGACUGUGUGUUUUUAAUUUCUCCUCCUUUGCGAGGAAAGAGUUAAGCAUAAUUUUUGCAGCGUCAGGGCAGUAGCAGUAUGAUGACGAGAAGUGCUUAAAGCUACUGGAGGAAGCAAAACAAGGUUGCAUAAAGGGAACAUGUCGAGUGAGCUAAAACAAGGAACACAAACAAGAGACGUGUGGACGAACCCUCGUGAUCCCCAGGACAAUCUGAGGGGAAAACAGGACUUUCAAAUGAAUUGUCAUCUUUGUCAUGUGUGCCAGUCACAAGAAAGCAGCUGUGCGUGAUCUAAUGGAUUUCCAAGGUUUACAAUGCAUGCGUCAAAUGAACGCUCAUGGGAGGAUUAUUUUGGGAAACAUAAAAUUGCUAGAAAAAAAAAAAAGUCUGACUUGAGCCACAUCAAAUGUUCUGUACAUUCGAGUGACUAAUGAUUGGACGGGAUUCUGUAUACAUCAUACCAUUGGUGGGAAAUGAGGGAGUCUGCCUUUGACACCAGUUUCAUCAAAUUACAUGAAAUUGGGUGGACAUGUCUAUGAUGGCAGGACGCACCAAAGAGGUUUCAACGACACAUGACUCAAAUUUAACUUAAAAGCAUAGGUGGAGUUUGACUUUUGGGACAACAUGUUGAUUACCCCGAAACACAUUGUCAGCAAUAAAAUGAAUUUACAAGAAUAUUUGUAAUAUCAAGUUGACAAUGAACGUUUUUUGUUUCCCAUCAUUCUUGAGGGGAAUUCUAAAUCAGGCUGCUUACGCAAUACUUUUCGCCAAGAUCGUCAACCAUUGAAUAUGGUACGCCCGCUGAUGUCGUGCCAAUGUAGUUACCCCAGUCAAAAAUUGUAUCCCCUGGGCGGAGCC